UAUUCUACUAAAAACUGGUUGGAUAUAGAGAGAAAUUUUGCACACAUGGCACAACAGCAAAAGUGUUUUUAUCCUUCGCACACAAAGUCACGUAGCAUUAUUAUUUUGUGCUCUUUAUAAAUACAUAAUUAACAUAAAAUAAAUAUUUCGUGGAAAUCAAACGGAAUGCGAUAUUUAGUCAAUUGAACGGGGGAACUAUAUAAAUUUGAUGGAAAUGACAACGUCCGUGAAACACUUGGUGACCGUGUUUUUUGUCCUGCUGAGUAUCCAGGGAAUUGCAGGUCAACAGUAUUUUGAUGGGUCGGGAAAUACCCCGAAUUCGCAGCAUGUGGAGGAAUGCAGUUUAACAAAUUGUGACUCCUACGCAAAAUGUCCGCAUGGAUGGAUGGAACUUUACACGGAGCGAUACACCUGUCCUGGUGGCCGUGAGAAGAAAUAUUGCUGCUCCCCUGGCCGCACGCCGCUCUGCUACCACACCCCCUGCGCCGGCCCUUCUCCCUCUUGUCUCAACGGCUACCGAGAAUGGAGCCGCGGCGCCGCGCAGUGUGGGCGCAGGGACGAGCACACGCUGCACUGCUGCAUAGACGGCCAUCUUCCGCAGUGCUUCAACACCACGUGCUCCCCCGCGGGAGAUGUUUCAAACCAAUGUCCAGGCGGGUAUAGUCAAGUCGCUUAUUGGAAAGGGGCCGGUUGGGAGUGUCCACCCCACUUGGACAUGCAGACUUGUUGUAGAUCUGAGCAAAACCUUCAAAAUCAGAAUUCCUUUACCCAGAGAAACAAUCCGUUUCAAAAUAAUCAACCAAAUUAUGAUCGAAAUUACCAAAAUAGUUAUCCAAACCAAAAUAAUAAUUAUAAUCAGCAACAGAAUUACCAGGGUGGCUCCGAUUUCCGCUCCGAGUCUUGUCAAUACACUAAUUGCGAAACUUAUUCUCCACGAUGCCCAGGGACACAUUCGUAUGAAUUAUCAACGGACAAAAGUUAUUGUACACAAGGCCGAGAACGAAAACUUUGCUGUCGUCCCGGCCAACUUCCGCCGUGUUACGAUACCUCCUGCCAGUCUGCCACACUCUUAGCAACUUGGUGUCCCACUGGUUACCGGGAAUGGAGCCGGGACACGGGCCCCUGUCGAGGAAGCGGGAACGAGCAGAGACUCCACUGCUGCGCGGAUGGCCAACUCCCCACCUGUUACAAUACGACAUGUGCAGAUAAUCCGACCUGCGCAACCGGAUUUUUAGAGGGAAAUAUCCCCUCAUCAGGACAGAACGAGUGUGACUGGCGAAUGUCGCGAAAAACGUGUUGUCGCCCGGGAAACAAUGAUUUCCAAUUUGGCGGAAGACGAGACGGGUUUUCCACACGGGACCAACAACAAUCUCGCGGAACACCGGAAGGUUGUCUAUUUUCAGACUGUCAACAAUACGCCAGAUGUCCGUUAUCUUACAGAGAAAUGUUUACUGACAGAAAAACUUGUGCAAGCGGUCGGGAGAGGAUGAUGUGCUGUCGUCAAGAUCUCCUCCCCGAGUGUAUCGAUACCCUGUGCGAGUCCACCUACUCGGCUCGAUGUCCCCAAGGGUACCGGGAACAGUCUCGGGGUAACCAGGGGUGCAGCAGUAGCCUAGAUACGAAGCUGUAUUGUUGCUCUGACUCCCGCCAUCUGGGCCACUGUUACAACACGACCACGAACAGCGGAGAGGCCGAAUGUCGUCGUGGGUAUGUUAUGACUGCAAGGGGAAAAGGGGUCGAGUGGGGCUGCCCCUGGACGGCUUAUAAGUCGACAUGUUGUGAAACUGCAAGUUGGAAUGGUGGUCGUGGUAAUUUUUACCACAACAUCGCCCAGAUAAUAGUCGUUUCGUUUCUGGUUUCAUUUUUGAGGGCGUAUGUUUCAGUUUAGAACAAAAAUAUAACUUUCAUUAUGUUUUUGGGAACCCGCGUUGUAAGCAGUUGCCAUAAUUCUUCUUCAGUAAGGACUUCCAAGUUUGUCAAAAAAAAUCCUUUUUUUCUGCUUUUUAGCCCGAAUCAGGGCUUAUGUAAUCGUCAUGUCUGUCUGUCUGUCUUUCGAUAACUCCCGAACGGGUUGACCGAUUGACUUGAAACUUUUACCAUAUGCAUAUUUGACAAAGUUAGGAACUGAGUUCGAAGAUGGGUGAAAUCGGUCAAGUGGUUGACCGGUGGGGGUCAUAUGAGUGGGUUGGGUAUUGUGCACCAAAUUUUCAAAAUUGUAGUAGAAAGCAGAACUUUGGUACAGAGCUUGUUAAGGGGUCCUAAUGGAAGAAUAUGAACUGAUAUCGGCCAAAUUUUUAUCUGGAGGGACCCUACGGGGUGACCCAUACCGAUUUUUGAAAAUCAUCCAAUCGAGCAGAAAUUUGGUCCUGAGGUGGCUAAUAGCUCAAUAUGGAAGAAUGUAAAUACGAAUUUAAAAAAAUCAUCUGGUGGGACCAGUGGGGGUCUUCCGAUUUAGAAGCGUUGAUUUUUAGAAUUUCUUGUCAAGUUUCGUGUCAAAAAUAGUAGUACAUAAUUUUCUGGGAAACUAUUGACAAAUAUGGGUUUAGUAAUCAAUCCUGGUUAGGGCUAAGCAAAGCUGUACUGAUAGGUUAUUUGUAUAUGUGCAAGAUACGAAAAAAUUGGGAAAAGCGAAAAAAGCGAUUUUUUUGACAAACUUGGAAGUCCCUAAUAUCUUGUUUAAUGAACUUAAUCCUUGUUUUUCAGUUUUUCAUGACUUUCCCUUUAUGGGAAACCUAGGGCAAAUACUAUAUGUUUAGAAAUAUUGCAUUUAUUUUAGUAAGCUUUAUGUUUUAUUAUAACUUUACACGUUGACUUCGUUGAGAACACGUUCAUCCAUGACCAAGGGAAAAAUACAGGGUUAAGACAACUGAAAUAUUAGCAUUUUGCACAUAUUUGUUACUACUUUUGUAGCUUAUGCACACAUAGCCAUACACAGAUUUGUGCACUUGUAAAAUUUUUCAGAGAAAAUAAAUGACAACUUUUACCAAGCUUA